UUUUCCAUGACAUAACCUCUAUGCGCAUGUCGCACGUACACGCAAUCUAGGAAGACGCUGUCGCAGACGUGUCGCACGUUUAGCGGUCUAAUCAACACGUCAUACUUCAUAGUCGCUGCUGGUCACUUGCGAACAGUUAGCUGUUGAUUCUGAAAGAGAACGGCGUUGGAGAAUCGUGCAAAAUGUCAGACGUGAGAGACUGGUUCGGCUCGUUGCCGAUAUUCACGAGAUACUGGUUGUUGUGCACCGCCGUCUUGACGUUACUCGGCAGAUUUGGUUUUCUCAGUCCGCAUCUGCUCAUACUGUGGCCCGAUCGAUUUUUAAACAAUUUCGAGAUUUGGAGGGCAGUAACAAGUGUUUUCUAUUAUCCUCUCAGCCCGGGUUCGGGCUUUCAUUUCUUGGUCAAUUGCUACUUCCUGUAUAAUUAUUCGUUGAGGUUAGAGCGAGGAGAAUACGAUGGCAAACCCGCGGAUUAUUGUUUCCUUUUGUUGUUCAAUUGGAUAUGUUGUGUCAUCAUCGGGCUUGUUGGCGACUUCUCCUUGCUCAUGGAUCCCAUGGUGCUCAGUGUAUUAUAUGUAUGGUGUCAGUUGAAUAAGGAUGCUAUCGUAAACUUCUGGUUUGGUACACAAUUUAAGGCUAUGUAUUUGCCCUGGGUCUUAUUUGGAUUCAACUUGAUUAUUUCUGGAGGUGGAAUGAUGGAGUUGUUUGGUAUUCUGGUUGGACAUCUGUAUGUCUUUUUGAAAUUUAAGUAUCCUCAAGAACUUGGUGGGCCGGAAUUACUGAAUACUCCAAGGAUACUUGAAAAUUAUUUCCCACCUCAAAGAAGUGGUGUUCGAUCAUUCGGAGCUCCACCAGUAUAUAGGCCAGCAAGGGAACAGAAUGCUCAAGGAAGGAAUAUAUUCGGAGGACACAAUUGGGGAAGAGGUCAGGUGUUGGGUCAACAGUAAUUAAGUAAUUUUGCAUAAAAGAUAAAUCAUUAUUAUAACAAAUUUAUUAUUCCAUUAUACAUACUUUGUGCUCACGAGAGCAACAUUUGUUUUUUUUUUUAUGUCUAUGUCACCAAUUCUUCCAAGUAUCUUUAUAAACUUUUGCAUAUAUAAUUCCAAUAAUUGAAACAAAAAUCCAGAAUAUGCAAUUUGAUUAGCAAAAAACGUGUGUAUAUUACAAAUUUAAAAGACUAAAGAUAUUAUGAAAUAUUGUAAAAACACUUGUAACAAUGUUAGUGGUAUAUACAUAUUUUGGCGACAAUGAACAUUUUAUCAGUUUAAAGCAGAGGACAAAUUAUUUAAUGUUUUAUGAGGCAUUAGUUUCCAUGGUUAAUAACCAAUCACAGAUUGCACUUAGACACGCUCAUCUCAUAAAAGUUUGUAUAUAUAAUUUUCUGUACAUUUUUUCAUAUAUAUAGUAAUAAAUGAAGAUAUGGGACUGAAA